AUGUCAUUUCUCGAUGAAGAGGCUAGGGGUAAGGCGUCAAAUUCGCGUGAAGGGGGGGCUUUCGACCAAUUGUUUGCCGACUUCACGCAUUCAAUAAACUUGCUAAGGAAACGAUGUGCGGUGUUGGGUACUAAGAAGGAUUCGCAAGAAGUGCGCUAUUCGAUUGAAACAGAGAUAAUACCUCAUUGUGAGACCAUUCGCGAUCAAAUCGAGACCAAAAUGUCCGGAGUGGAUAUGAAUGGCAAACUGGUGAAGGAUUUCGUCAGUUUGAAGGAGGAACUGUUGAGAGGCAGAAGGCAUUAUAAUGAACUGAAAAAUAAGUACCCCAUACGAAAACUUCAACGCGCUGAUUCUAACACGACAAAUACAACUUUUCAACAAUCUGGGUAUGUUUCCAUGCCACUAGCACACAAUGACGAAUCGACCCCACUCCUCCAGGGCCAGCAGCAGCUACAGCAGCAGCAGAUUCAAAGUCAAAUUCCGCAGUCCACUGUUACGCAGGAUGAACUCAACUUUCACUCUUUGAUUCAAGAGGAGAGGUCUCAGGAGAUUUCUCGUAUUCAUUCCGCUGUUCAAGAAGUCAACGCCAUUUUUCAUCAGCUGGGAUCUCUGGUGCGAGAGCAAGGCGAAGAGGUCGAUACAAUUGAUAACAACAUAUCAGGUCUGGCCGGGAAUUUGCAAAGGGCAAACGACCAGUUGUCAAAAGCGGAGCAUUCUCAGCGAAAAAGAAACAGAUGCGGUAUGGUAACAUUAGUGAUAAUAGUCGUUGUCGCACUUGUAGUCCUUCUUGCAGCGUUGAGCUAA